AUGGAAGCCAAAGAAGUAUGUGAGUUCUCAGACUCAAAGGGAAGCUGCAAAGUGUCUAUACAGUGUCACUCACCCGACUUUGACACUGGAGUUUAUCCUGACAAUGGAGUCCGAGACAGAGACACAGAAAAUGACCAGUUGGAUUCCCAAAGAGAGGAUGAGGAUCAUGUUGCUAUUGAAAAGGAAAAGAACAAGCCAAAGAAAGUGUUGUCCAGUGGUGUUUUUGAGGCUCCCAAGGCUCAAGGCUACUAUCACAUAGAAUAUAACUUGCUACCAGAUGAUCCAGAGCCAACCAAAGUGGACCUCGUGAUGUUUGGGCUUGCAGCUAAAAUCUACAUCGACAAUGAAGCAAAGGUGUUAAAGCCAUGGUAUGAGGGAGACCAGGUGUGGCUGGGCUGGUCUCAGUCUGUCAAAGUCAGAGUCACUCGAGAGCUACUGAUUAAACUAGCGUCCCACAAGGUCACAUUUAGAGUUUGGGACACAAAGGACAGAGUGUCUACCAAAGCCAGAAAUGACCGACCCAAAGCCUUCAGACUGCCACAGACCAGGAGUGGGGAGGAGACCGAUCAUUUAGCUGCUAUGAAUAGCAGCUCGGUGAAGGACAAGAACCUGGGGGUUUUCAGAAAGAAGGUUCCUCAGAAACCCACUCAGGACAAUGCUGCUUAUCUGGAGAACAUCCAGAAGAAUGGAUCAGCAUUGGUGGAGCUCAGUCUUCUUCAUCUGCUGACAGAAAAUGAGGAUGUUUCUGUCAGACAUAUAUGUUUACAUGAUUUUCAGUACCCUUUAUAUCUAAUGUUAGGAGACAGGUCGCUGACUGAUUGCCUGGUCACCUGUUCGUCGGGGGUGUAUGAGGGCCUGUGCAACAUAACUGUGGACAGGCCACUGAUCUCAGAGGAGCUGAAAGCUGAGCUUAACCCACUGGUCAUCACGAUCCUGUCUGCUUCCUCCCUGCCCUCCACUCCUGUCCCCUUCCAAGUCUUAGAGGAGAAGUGUCUUCCGGUGUAUUGCCAGUACAGGUUCCACAACUUGAAAGUGCACAGGUCUAAAGGCAGAGAACACCGCUCCAACAUCUACUUCAAAGACGUCAAUGUGAUCCUAACAGGCCUGCUGAGCCCUGGGGAGCUGCAGGAGUUCCUCCAAGGCCCUCCGCUGGAGAUAGAGGUCCACGACCGGGACAGGAAGGUGGAGAAGCCUUCCUCCAGUCCCGCCCUGUUUGGUACUGAGCCCAAUGAUGACAAACUGAGCAGCGUGAUCCUGGUCAGUGGCAAACGCACCAUCUACAACCCCUUGAGGGCAAAGACCAAACAGUACAACCCAUACGGCAUAGCCAGGCUGAACUUGUCUGGCCUGCUCCAUGGCCAGAGAUGUGUGAAGCUCAACAUACCUAUCGAAUGCUGCCGUCCACCACAGCUGCUGGGAAAUGAGAGGAAUGAGUGGGAGAAGAAAUUGACGGCCAUGCCAGGCGUGGUUGAAGGAGCCCCAGAUCACGCCAUGCCAAUGGGGCAUUACUUGGAUGCCAACUCCCAGCUCAAAGUGCAGGUUGAAAUAGCUUGCCCCUUCAACAUGGAGAGCGGCAGUGAGGGGGCGUUAUAUUCCCCGUUUGGUCGCAUCAUUUACAUCUUCAGAUACACCAACGUGUCUGUCGUGGCCAAGCUCAGGACAGAAAUUCAAAAGAUCAACGCAGCAGCUUUCCAGCUGGACUCCCAGUCAAACGAGACCAUUCAACGAAUCCUUUCCAGUUACAAAAUGACAGCCCCGGAGAGGGGGAGUGUUGAUCUGGACACUGUUACUGGAUUCCAUAUGCUGGAUAUGCAGAUACACCUUUUUGUCCUUGAAGGUCUAAAGCAUAAAGCCAUCAAAAGGCUCUGGAAAACAGUCCCUAUAAAGCUGAUGGGGAGUGAAGAGGAACAGGUGAUGGUUCUCUACAACUCAGAUCUGAGCUUCUCCAAACGCCUGUAUGACACCCUGGACAUCAGUCUGAGUCCUGUUCACCUCCACGAGCCACUGGAGGCUAUCAUGAGACAGCCUCUGGUCUAUGUCAGAGACAUGGUCCCCCAUACCUGCUUCCAAGCCAUGUCACGAUUAAGCGUCCUGUGUAAACUGCGGAAGCUGAAAGAUGUGGUGAGGAACAACCUGUUCCCCUCAGCCGAGAUGGUUCUCAGCAUGAGCAAGGAAUUUGGAAUAGUUCCUGGGAAAUGGGAGCAAAGGCUGAUGGCAAAGACCCAAAAGGAGCCUGAGUUCUCCCCCAUGCAUGCCUCUGAGAACACACGCAGACCCCUCAGCACCUACAACUCACGCUACAUUCAAUGGAAACAAGACGUUGCCGUCAAGCAGCUGCUCAGUCAGACCAAAGACUUCAUCCAGGCUAACAUUGAGGAGGUGCAAAAAGCCAGUCUUCAAGUAAAGAAGCCAAAGGUAGCAGUACUAGUUGCUGAGCAGGCUAAAGACAGUGCAGCCCACAACUACAGUAUCCAGACCAUGAACUCAACUGAGCAGGCUAGGGAACUGCUGCGCAAGGAGAUGGCCAAGGAACCAACUCGGAGGUUCACCUACAGCCAGCAUUACCACACAGCCACGGUGGAUCCCAGAGAUGUGAAGUGUGAGAUGAGAACCUCAGAGGCCAGGUCCAGGUUGGCCUGGCGCACUUACGAUGGCUUCAUAUACCCGGGCUUCAAGAGCAGCAUCGAGUCCAAUGAGCACCCAGGACAUCCCGACGAGGCUCGUGUGGAGGCACUGAGAAAGCCCUGGAGGGAGAACAUCCUGCAUGACAACACUCUGAGGCCCACGCUGACACGGGACCCCCAGCCCUGGAGGGAGCGCCACCACGACUUCCACAUCUCCACCCAGACUGAUCAGGACCUCAGUACUGGGAGCCCUGUCUCCAUCCACCUGGCUGGAGAGAGGCUGAAGCAGGAGCAGCAGCAGGCAGCCUGGGCUCAGUACUCCAGGUGGCGGAGGAGGGUGCUCCCAGGCGGCAGCACCGGGUCUGGCAGGCGGGUCCCAGAGUUCAGGUGCUACAUGGGUGGAGCUCCAGGGCAGCUCCCAGGCAAGCUCCAGAGCCUGCUGAAGGAUCGGCCCAUGAAGUACUCCCUCAGAAAGCCAGGAAUGGCCCUCAAGAGACCUCCUUCUUCAGAGAGGAAGACCAACAUCGCAUUCGCUCCUGGGCUUUUCCAGGACCAAAGCCUGAUGCAGGAUAACAAUAUGAUACCAAGACACAAUUCCCAGUACAGCAAGUUCCACUUCAGAGAGUUCUGGAGGUCACACCCUUUCCAGCACAAGAGGGCAAUUGUGGGCCUAACCGAGGAAGAGAAGUGUGUGCAUCUCUUCCAGAAAGCAGCCCCCAGCAUCAGAGUGCCGUCCACACCUGUCCUGCCCCAGCACAGCAGCAACAUCGUAGAGACCAGAACCCACAAGGAUGUCACCCUGCAUGUCCACUGA